AAGAAGUUGGAUUGGUAUCCUUUACUGUUUUCCUUGUUGUUGUUGUGACCGACAAACAAACAGUCAAUCGUUUAUUUAUUUAUAUUUUGUACUCCGAAAUAAACAAAAGAUUGUUUAAUUUCUCUUUGGCGAUGGCGAGUUUGGAUGAAAAGUGGGAAGCUGUGGACAACUUUAAGUCUGUUGUGGUAGAUCGUGAAAGAGAUGUUGUUCGAGUGACAAAAGAACUGUAUGAUCUUCAUAGCAACAGAGAACAACUCAGGGGUGUAACAAGUAGUUGCAACUAUCGCUUGACCAUACCAUUUGCCCCCCAUCUUUUUGGCUCUGGCAAAACGACCUUUGCCCGAACCUAUUUGGAGUUGGUGCAAAGGUUUGGUGAAACUUCCCUGUCGACGUUUGCUUCAGACCCUUUGAAGAGAACCUUUUUGGAGAAGCUGAAAAGGGCUUCAUUGCUUUAUGCGGAUUUAAAGGAGUUGAAGCCCACAGACCCGAAAGAACGAAACCUUGAGUGGGCAGUCUACUAUUUGUUAAUAAAGGCUGCUUGUCUGCAAUCAGGUCUUCCGCAACCAGACCCGGACGAAUGUUUCAAAGAACUGAAACUUAGGAGUGAUGCUUUGGUUCAGAAAAUCCGUUCAAUCUUAAACAUUCCUUCUGAUCAAUAUCUUUUGGUGGCAUUUGACGAAGUUGGUGUCCUUGACGAAAGUCUCGACGAAUUUCAUUUCAAGAGAACCCAUGACGGUAGAGUUCGACCUUACAACGACUUUUUCGGUAUCAUUAGUCAAUUGUGCAAAGAACCCGACUUGUUUUUUAUAGUUGUUGGGAAAAGCAAGGGUUUAAGUAUUAAGAAUUAUGUCUCUUCCGUAUCAAAAGUCAUACUACAUUUUAUUUCUUUAUCACCUUUGGACGCUUCCAGUAUCGUUGAAUUCCUUGAAAAGAGUCUUCUAAAGACACCUACUCAAGUUCCGGUUUGUAAUGUCUUAUGUAGUUCUUCAUUUUCAGUAAAUGAAUUGGCAGACUCAUUAUUGGAAUGUACAGGUGGAGUUCCUGGUUUGUUGACUCGUGCAGUAAAUAUGCUUUUGAAUUAUAUAAUAGCAAGAAGUCAGCCUUUCAUAUCGAAAGAAGAAUGUUUGACUUGUAUGAAUGACUACGAUUUCCGAAUAAUUUGUGCUGAACCAUUUGUGGAACGAAUAUUGAAUUUGGACGAAGAUAGAAGAAGUGUUUUUGAUUUACUUUUGAUGAUGGCUCUUUAUCGUAUACCGUCUAAAGUAGAUGAUAGAUUGACCUCGGAGUCCUUUUUAUAUGAUGCCGUCACUGAAAUGGGAUUAUAUCGAUAUCCUAUUGACGAGAAUACUUUUCAAGUCCUAAUUCCGAAAGUAUUUGUUGUAAUCUUCAAGAACGACCCUUCCAUCUCUUCUUUGGAAAAGAUACUUCUUGGAUCACUUGAUGUCGAACCAGUAGAUUGUUUCUUCUAUUCAAAGUGUCGUGUAUUUGAAGGAAUUGUUGCUUUACGACUAGUUUUGAUGUUGUCUUCAAAGAAUCGAAAUGAGUUGAGGGAGUUGUUGUGUCAAUUGUCUCCGAUAUGGAAACAAAUGAAACUUCCAAUCAGUACAAUAUCACCUAUUCACUAUAUGAAGUCUGUUGUUAGUUCUAGAGAAACAAGAAGUGAAUCGAACAAGAGUCGAAGAACUUUUGCCAAUACUGAAUGGAAUAAGAUUAUUCGAGAGACACUUUAUUUAGAGACUAUUUACAUUCCUUUGGACGCUACUUCUCAUAGUCCUGAUAUUAUAUUCAAAUUACAAUCUCCUGUGGAACCCAAAGUUCUUACUGUUGGAGUUGCUUGUAAAGGACGUUGGAGGUCGGAAGGAAUUGGCUGGUCAGAUAUUAUAGAUGAAGCCAAGAAAUUUUUAGAUCCUGUUUAUGAUCAAGUCUUAUCCAGUGCAAUGGAUUAUCAUCAUUGUAUGCUUAUUAUCGUUAGUACAAAGUUAUCAUUGAAUGUUUCUAAUGAGUUGGGUAAUCAAAGUCGUUGUUACUCCAGUGGAAUGUUUAUUGGAAAUGAUUCGUUCAAAGUACCUGAUCAUUGUGAACUUGUUAUUCUUUGUGAAAGAGAUGUCCAAAUGCUGAUUGACGAAGAAGUAUUGAAUGGACUUGAAAGAGCAUUUGGUGUUUCUCAUAAUCCUACUUUUUGGGAUUUUGGAUUAGAUUUACUUGAUAGAAUCCGUAACAGUUUCUUAAGUGGCAAUGA